AUGAGAAGUUUGUUCGUAAUAAUUGUGCUGGCCGCCAUAAUCCAAGCUGCAUCCUCAUACAAUAGAUAUUCAGAUGUGAUGCAGAUAAAAAGGGAUAUUAAGCCUGAUUGGGAAGACUUGGGAUGGGCAUGGGGAAAACGUAGCGCGCCGGAUGACAUGGUAAACGUGCUUUGUUUCACGCAUGUUCCUUUUGCAAUCUAUCCAUUUCAGUACCAUAGACGGUUUCUACGAUCUAUGCAAUUGGUGAAGAAGAAUCCCGACUGGCAUGAUCUCGGUUGGACGUGGGGUCGCCGAAAGUAG